AUGUUGAUGGAUACCUGUACUUCAACCGUCACACCUGGAGACAAGAUGAUCUUUACCCUGCUGAUCCUCCUCCAUGUCUGCAUCCUGACUGUGGACUCUAAGAUCUCUCCACACUCUGAAGGGUCCGGGGUCAUACAGCAGAACGUCUUCCCUUUAGACAAUGCCCCUGAAUCUGUCGAUGACAUGUACUACGGCUGCACCCCAAAAAUGCAUGAGAAAGUAAAUAAUUAUUUAAGAAGUGAAUUAAAAAACGAAAUAUUCAAAAACAUAUGGACCAAGUCUGAAAAGUGGGCCGAAGAUAAGCUAAAGUGCAAUUGCAACAAAUUAGAUCUCAAAUUAGAUCAUUUCAAGGCUUUAUAUUGUUACACAUAUAAUAAAAAUCAUUUUUAUCAUAAUUUCAUGACCGCAGUAAGAACCAAAGGGCCAGUGUACAAAAGUGGCUUCAGUUACCACGCUAUCCACUUCCUGUUGUCCGACGCGAUCCGUCUCCUCAAAAAGAGACAACCAGAAUGCGUCACAACAUACCGAAGAACCAAAGACACUUUUAACGUUAAAGAUGAUACUGAAAUUCGUUUUGGAUCCUUCACUUCCAGUUCACUCAAAAGUAAUCUGGUUAAAUAUGGAGAGCAGGAUUGCUUUGAGAUUAUGACGUGCUACGGCGCUAACCUCACGUGUAAUGAAGUUACAGUUGAUCAGGAAGAGGUGUUGAUUCCGCCGUAUGAGAAGUUCAAAAUAAUGCCAAUUGAAGACCCCAAAAAAGUUUUAAAUUGUAAGAAACUGUACAAACUGACGAGCUCUGGAAUUGAAAGCAAUUUAAACUGUUUAGCAGUACGCACAGCAAAUUCUGGAGGGCAAAAUCUGAAUUUGAAAGCUGCAGAUGUAAACGCAAUUGUUCAACCAAAUGCAUUUUAAUCUUUUUUCUUUUCUACUUUCUUUGGGAACUUUUGCAAAUGACAAAUUUCCAGUUGCUUGCAAUAAACAAUGAUGCAUUUUAUAAAGACAACGUU